GUUGAGCAAAUUUCUUUGCUUUCGAGGCAUUUUAGUGCGGAAUAAAUAAAUAUUCAAAACUGAAUUUUGAUGAAAUUUGACAUGAAAGUCAAAAACUUCAAAUCUGACGCAAAUUUGCAACCAACCUAACAGUGUGAAAAUCUUGCAUAGGGGAUUUAUUUUUUUCACCAACAUAAUGCAACAGGUUGUGUUUCUUUAAUUUAUGAACAGGGUUUACAAAUGCUCUAACUUGGCGAAGUUACAAUAUUCACACUAAAAAUUUUUGCAGUUUUUUAAACUGUGCCAUCAGUGUGAAAGAAAUUAUAAAAUCUUGAUGUUUUUACUGAAAAUGUAAAAAAUCCUUAGAUUAUAAAAAAAAAGUUGAAAAAAAUCCCUUUUUCCCUUUUUGUUAGAAAAAUCCCUAGAACUAGGGAAAAAUUCCCUAAUCUGGCAUUACUGGGUCUAAAUAUGAUGGGCCUGAUCUAUACCUAAUUGAUAAAACGAAAAAAAUAUUUCUGUUUGUUUAGUAAGUUUUAGGGGGAACAAAAAUAGUCAUAUAAUUUGUUAAUGAAAUUGUAUUAAUAUUUUCAUACAACUUAGACCAAGUAUGUGGUUUGUGAUUUAGAUAUGAAAAUUCUACCGCAAAAUAGACAUUCUGCGCAAAACUAGUGCGCAAGAAUUGACGCUUUAAAAAUUUAAGGUUAUGUUUGUAUCAGUUAUUUCAUGAAAUAAAAGAAAAUGUUUGAAGCUCAGGAAAUUAAUGCUGAACACAAGGACUUAAUUCAUGAUGUUGCUUAUGAUUUUUAUGGCCAAAGAAUGGCUACUUGUUCCAGCGACCAAUACGUUAAGGUAUGGGACCAAAAUAUCGACGGCAAGUGGACGUUAACAUCAAGCUGGAAAGCACACAGUGGUUCCGUUUGGAAAGUAACGUGGGCCCAUCCAGAAUUUGGCCAGGUUUUGGCUACUUGUUCAUUUGAUAGGACGGCUGCAGUUUGGGAAGAAAUUGUUGGUGAAACUCCCGGUCCUGGCGAAAGGGGUACAAGGCAUUGGGUCCGCAGGACAAAUUUAGUGGAUUCAAGAACUUCAGUUACUGAUGUGAAGUUUGGACCAAAAACACAGGGUUUGCAAUUGGCGACUUGUUCAGCUGAGGGAAUUAUAAGGAUUUAUGAAGCGCCCGAUGUUUUGAAUUUGAGUCAGUGGACCCUACAAUAUGAAAUUCAAUGUAAAUUGCCGUGUAGUUGCCUAAGUUGGAAUCCUAGUUUAUCAAAAAUGCAUCCUUUAAUGUUAGCUGUUGGAAGCGAUGACCCAAAUCCAGCUAAUGGAGUCAAAGUUUUUAUUUACGUUUAUAGUGAGAGUAGUAGAAGGUGGACCAAAAUGGAUGCCAUCACAAACAUUACUGAUCCCGUUUAUGAUAUCUCAUUUUCUCCUAACUUAGGUCGCAGUUUUCAUGUUUUAGCUAUUGCUACCAAAGAUGUUAAAAUUGUGAAUUUAACACAUGUUUAUGACAACCCUAAUUUACAAAAUGUUAUUACAAAAUUAGAUGCACAAAUUGUUGCUCAAUUUGACGAUCAUGAAUCUACUGUUUGGAGAGUGUGUUGGAAUGUUACAGGAACGAUUUUGGCGUCAAGUGGCGAUGAUGGUUGUGUCAGAAUGUUCAAAAUGAACUACAUAAAUUCGUGGAAGCCAAUAGCAGUACUAAGAGGAGAUGGCUCACAAGUCUCUAAUGAAGGCCAAAGGUCGUCAGUGUCUUCAACAGUAGGACCACAAGUUCAAAGUGCAUCACAGACUGCUAGAUAUAUUAAACUGGGUGCUAUUUCUCAACCAAGGGAUGUCCCUUGGCAUUAAUUUUUUUACUAUAGGUAUAAGAACGAAAAUGAGACGGGAUGUAUUUCAUACAAUACUUACGUAAUAAACAUUUUUUUAGUCUC